UUUCUAAAUUGAUAUCAACCAUGGCUCAACUGUACUACAAAAAGUUCAACUACUCACCGUACAGAGACCGCAUUCCCCUGCAAAUUGUGAGGGCUGAAACAGAGCUCUCUACAGAGGAGAAGGCCUUCCUCAAUGCUGUAGAGAAGGGGGACUACGCCACUGUGAAACAGGCCCUACAGGAAGCUGAGAUCUACUACAAUGUCAACAUCAACUGCAUGGAUCCUCUGGGCCGGAGUGCCCUGCUCAUUGCUAUUGAGAAUGAGAACUUGGAGAUCAUGGAGCUACUGCUGAAGCACAGCGUGUAUGUAGGUGAUGCCUUGCUCUACGCCAUCCGAAAGGAGGUAGUGGGCGCUGUGGAGCUUCUGCUUAGCUAUAGGCGGCCCAGUGGAGAGAAGAAGGUCCCCAAUCUGAUGAUGGACACCCAGUUCUCCGAGUUCACACCGGACAUCACUCCCAUCAUGCUGGCUGCCCACACCAACAACUAUGAAAUCAUCAAAUUGCUUGUCCAAAAACGAGUCACUAUCCCACGGCCCCACCAGAUCCGCUGCAACUGUGUAGAGUGUGUGUCCAGUUCAGAGGUGGACAGCCUGCGCCACUCCCGCUCCCGGCUGAACAUCUAUAAAGCUUUGGCAAGCCCCUCACUUAUUGCCUUAUCAAGCGAGGACCCCAUCCUAACUGCUUUCCGCCUGGGCUGGGAGCUCAAGGAGCUCAGCAAGGUGGAGAAUGAGUUCAAGGCUGAAUAUGAGGAGCUCUCCCAACAGUGCAAGCUCUUUGCCAAAGACCUACUGGACCAAGCUCGGAGUUCCCGGGAAUUGGAGAUCAUCCUCAACCAUCGAGAUGACCAUAGUGAAGAGCUUGAUCCUCAGAAGUACCAUGACCUGGCCAAGCUGAAGGUGGCAAUCAAAUAUCACCAGAAAGAGUUUGUUGCACAGCCGAAUUGCCAACAGUUGCUUGCCACUCUGUGGUAUGACGGUUUUCCUGGAUGGCGGCGGAAACACUGGGUAGUCAAGCUUCUGACCUGCAUGACCAUUGGGUUCCUGUUUCCCAUGCUGUCUAUAGCUUAUCUGAUCUCACCUAGGAGCAACCUUGGUCUGUUCAUCAAGAAACCCUUUAUCAAGUUUAUCUGCCACACAGCAUCGUAUCUGACCUUUCUCUUCAUGCUUCUCCUGGCUUCUCAGCACAUUGUCAGGACCGACCUCCAUGUACAGGGGCCUCCGCCAACUGUUGUGGAAUGGAUGAUAUUGCCUUGGGUUCUUGGUUUCAUUUGGGGGGAGAUUAAGGAAAUGUGGGAUGGUGGAUUUACUGAAUACAUCCACGACUGGUGGAACCUGAUGGAUUUUGCAAUGAACUCACUCUACCUGGCAACUAUUUCCUUGAAGAUUGUGGCCUAUGUCAAGUAUAAUGGUUCUCGUCCAAGGGAAGAAUGGGAAAUGUGGCAUCCAACUCUGAUUGCAGAAGCACUCUUUGCGAUAUCCAAUAUUUUAAGUUCGUUGCGUCUCAUAUCCUUGUUCACAGCCAACUCCCAUUUAGGGCCUCUGCAGAUCUCUUUGGGGCGUAUGCUGCUUGAUAUCCUCAAAUUCCUCUUUAUCUACUGCCUAGUCCUGCUGGCUUUUGCCAAUGGAUUGAACCAGCUUUACUUUUAUUAUGAGACCAGAGCAAUUGAUGAGCCGAACAACUGCAAGGGGAUCCGAUGUGAGAAACAGAACAAUGCUUUCUCCACGCUAUUUGAAACCCUUCAGUCACUCUUCUGGUCUGUAUUUGGCCUUUUAAAUCUCUAUGUCACCAAUGUGAAAGCCAGACACGAGUUCACAGAGUUUGUGGGAGCUACCAUGUUUGGGACGUACAAUGUCAUCUCCCUGGUAGUGCUGCUGAACAUGCUGAUUGCCAUGAUGAACAACUCCUACCAGCUUAUUGCCGAUCAUGCAGACAUUGAGUGGAAAUUUGCAAGGACAAAGCUUUGGAUGAGCUACUUUGAUGAAGGUGGCACCUUGCCACCUCCUUUCAACAUCAUCCCCAGCCCCAAGUCAUUUCUAUACCUUGGUAACUGGUUCAACAACACCUUCUGCCCCAAAAGAGACCCUGAUGGGAAACGGAGAAGGCACAACUUGAGAAGCUUCACAGAACGCCAUGUUGACAGCCUGAUACAGAAUCAACAUUAUCAGGAAGUUAUCAGGAAUUUAGUCAAAAGAUAUGUGGCUGCUAUGAUAAGAAAUUCCAAAACAAACGAGGGGCUAACAGAAGAGAAUUUUAAGGAAUUAAAGCAGGACAUCUCCAGCUUUCGAUAUGAAGUGCUUGACCUCUUAGGAAAUAGGAAACACCCAAGGAGGAGCUUUUCCACCAGCAGCGCUGAACUGUCUCAGAGGGAUGAUACUAAUGAUGGCAGUGGUGGGGCUCGGGCCAAAUCCAAGAGUGUCUCUUUCAAUUUAGCCUGCAAGAAAAAGGCCUGCCAUGGGACACCUCUCAUCAGAACCAUGCCAAGAGACAGUGGUGCCCAAGGGAAGUCAAACGCUGAGUCAUCAAGCCAACGCUCCUUCAUGGGUUCUUCUCUGAAGAAACUGGGUCUCCUAUUCUCCAAAUUUAAUGGUCAUAUGUCUGAACCCAGUUCAGAGCCAAUGUACACAAUUUCUGAUGGAAUUGCUCAGCAGCACUAUAUGUGGCAGGACAUCAGAUAUUCUCAGAUGGAGAAAGGGAGAGCAGAGGCCUGUUCUCAAAGCGAAAUUAACCUCAGUGAGGUAGCAUUAGGUGAAGCCCAGGGCCUUGCUCAGAGCAGUGAAUGCCCACUGGCCUGUUCCAGCUCUCUGCACUGCGUAUCCAGCAUCUGCUCCUCAAAUUCUAAACUUUUAGAUUCCUCAGAGGAUGUAUUUGAAACUUGGGGAGAGGCUUGUGACCUGCUGAUGCACAAAUGGGGUGAUGGACAGGAAGAACAAGUUACAACUCAGCUCUAAGUCAAGCCCCUAUUACCUGUUUCGGAACUCAACGUAAAAUUGCUCUGAAAGGUGACAUAGAGUAUGAUUCCCUCACUGCCCCCACUCCCAGAAAGGAGAGGGAAAUGCCUAUUAUUUUCACCAUCAAUUAUAGCCACAUUCUCCAUUUUUGUUCUUGUUAUUAUUACUGCUAUGAUUUGCUUUUUAUACCUGUAAACACUAAGUCCAUUUCACAACCAACCGAAGCGGUGUGUGCCACUAAUUAGCAGAGGUGCAGGUGGGUGCUUAACCCUCUGGUCUUGCUUUUCUUACCCUUGCUUCCUUGAAGCCCCAGAUACCACUGUUGCUGCUGCAGAUUCCUUAACUUCCUCAAUAUCUCACACCAUUUCCCCAGGCUGAGGGAUGUGCUCAGCUAUUCCCACCAGUUCUCAGAUGAGGCAAACUAAUCUGCCCAUUUUGUUACCCAUCAAUGCUCCACGCUGCCCAUUCUGGUUCAGUGAACAGCAUCAAAAGGAGACUGAACAGCCUGCAAAGAACUGUCAGCUUAUGGUUUCUAGGUAUAACUGGCAUUCUUGUUCUUUUUGUUCUUAAACACUCUAACCUCUCCUUAUCAUGGGGGCUAUUGAACUUUUUGUUUCUUAAAGAUGUGGUAGUUUCCUAAUGUGUGCCAAUGAAUAUUUACCCCACAGUAUACAUCAUAUCUAAUAAGUUAUUGAAUUCCUUUCCUGGGCUUGUGUAUUUCAGAUAACUUACUACAUUUUAAAAUUUGAUAGUAUCAAGAUUGAUACUUAGGAUGUAUACUGUUUUUAAGAACUUCUGCAUUCUAAACAAUAGUAAUUAUAUCUCAUACAUUGGCAAGAACAAAUAAUUAGCUGGUGUAUUUAUAGGGUCCUAUCUACUGUUGAUAGUUUUAAUCAUCAUUGCUAUUGAAAAGCAUUUCUAAGAUAAAAGCUUGGCUUUGAAAGUAUUUUUUUAUCAGAAAAAUGACAUCUUGUUGAAGCGUAGAAAUCUAAAAAGAACUUCUGCAUUAAAAUUAAUUGCUUUCUGAUAAAAACACAAAAAAAUUUUAGGUCUAGAUAACUUGAUUCAGGCUGCUGUUUUAAUAUUCCCUGGGGGCAAUGGAAUUGCAUGUGUAAACUUAUGUUGGGUAUAUAACAUAACCCAACUGAGUUCAUGGAACUAUAAACAUGAUCCAAAUUAUACUGUCUUCAAAGAAAGCUGCAUUUAUACAUCCAAACAAAUUAUUUUCCACAGCUUAAGAGGACCUCAUCAGAAUACAAAGCUGCAGGUUAAAAAAUGAACUCCAUAAUGCAUAUGGUCAUCAUAUUAGAGCCAAUAACCACCAAGCAAUAACCUGUUGAAAAAGCGUGUUUUUGGUUUUUUUUGUUUUGUUUUUUUACCAACGUUAGCACAAAGGUAUCCCCACCUCACUCUAACAUAUGAGCUGAAACAGCCCUACCUAGGUCUGGGUCUGGGAGAUUAAAUUAAGUGUGUAGCUCAGAAAUGUAAGAGAGUUAGGUGUUUAAAUUUUGACUGACACAUUUAAAAGUUAAAAAUGUAUUCCAAAC